AUGGAUGUCCAUAUUUCGGAGCACUUUGUACCCCCUCAACUCAGCAUAUACGACGGCACAACCGAUCCUGAUGAUCACAUCCAAGCCUUCUCUACCAGGAUGGCGUUCAGAACAGGCAACAGGGCAAUUUGGUGCCGGGCUUUUUCCCUGUCGUUAGAAGGUGAGGCGCUCGAAUGGUUUAACUCCUUACCUUCGGGAUCCAUCCAGAGUUUUGAAGGGCUGAAGGAGAUGUUUGGUAGACAAUUCGCUGACAGUCGGGCCGAGGACCCCACGGUUUUCGAGCUCUCCAAUCUUAGACAAGGGAAGGAUGAGACGCUAAAAGCAUUCAUGGACCGCUAUCAGAAGAUGGUCCGAAGGGUUAAGGGGUUAAACGUUGAGUUGGCCCUGCAAUACGUGAUGCCCACCCUUCGCCCGGGCCCCUUUAAGGACAGUGUAUGCCGAAAACGGCCGAAGACCAUGGAGGAGUUGAGAGAGCGGGCGGCGGAUGAAAUGAGGGUUGAGGAGAUGAAGCAAGCGUAUAAGAAGGAAAGCCAGGAGUUAAAGGAAAAAGCCGAGGGGAAGAGAACCGACGGCUCCUCACAGGUGGGGGGUUUCAAGCCGAGGGAGGCCCCCGAGGAGCCAAGUUUUAGCAAUACACCCCGCUGA